UACAGAUGCUUUGGGGAAAACUGAGCGUUGGUGGGGGCAUGUUAAUCUGUUGCACACGACAAGCUAUCACAUCCAGGUUUGAGCUCCUGCAAUAGCUCCUCUGAGCUCCUCCUCAUAACCACAUGUUGCUACGCUGAUUGACUGCAUUAGCGCUGUGCCAGCUGCUACAGCUGUGGCUAUCUCUCUCUUUCUCUCUCUCUCUCUCUCUCCCCCUUUCUGCCUCCCUGAAUCUUCACUCUUCUCAGUUGUUGUGGCCAUCUCUGAGAGGCAGGGAGCUUGAAUUCAGAGUUGCAGCCACCUGUGACAGCAGACGUAUCUCUACGCCACUCAAACAGACAUCAUUACCCAAAAGAGUGGAGCGACAAUUCUUAUUGUGGCUUUAUGUGAUUCAUGCAAAUAUAUAGGGAGAUCUGUAGCAGAUGCCAACGUGAGGGCACAUCACAUUGAACUUUCAUUAUGCCGGGUCUGAUCAACAAGAGCAAGAGGAGCGCUCUGCCUCUCAGUGUCUCUGACAUCACUUCCUGUGUCAGAGGUUACACCCUGGCAAUGACAGCCUCCCUGACUUACGAAAACAUUGAGGAUCACCCAAUUGAGGGAGUCUUUAUAUACCCACUUGAAGAGUGCUGCGUGGUGGUUGGGUUCGAAGCAAUGAUUGGCAGCCAGAUAAUAACCGUGCAGGUCAAAGACAAAACAAAAAUCGAUGACUGUUACUUUGAUUGCUGUCACGCCAAUGAAUUUCCGCAGAGUGGAGGUGGUCAUAUAGUUUUGGAUGAGGAUCAGGAGAGGACGGUACUGGUGGUCAAUCUGGGGGUUGUUCCACCUUUGGAGACCAUAAAUAUACAGGUCAGCACCUCGUCUGAACUGUGUACACUUCCUAAUGGUGGGAUUCUGGUAACAUCACCGCCCGCAUGUUCCCCACGGGUCCAACGGUCCGUCAAAGAAGAUCCAACAUUUUCCCCCAGCACUGCAAGAAGGAGGGAUAAACAUCAUUGUGCAGUUGGAAAUCAUGAACAGACGACCUCGGGUGUGUUCCUGUCUGCUCUGUUGCAAGAGGAGACCAUCAACUCCAUCGACUAUGCGUUUAACUUCCAGCUGGAGAUCAGAGGACCGUAUCUACUGGCAGGUGUGGAGAGUCCCUCCCAUGCCAUCCGGGCUGAUGCCGACCCAUCGGCUCGCUCAGCAACCAGCAUCAUGGUCACGCUAGCGGACAAAUACACUUACGACUGCCCCGUGGAGAUACUGAUCUACCCUAGUGAGCCUCAUCUACCACACGUUCUCAUCGAGGAUGGAGACAUGACACCGGAGGAAUACGACGAACAUCUGAAAGGAAGGAGCGACUACAUCAAAGCCACGAAGAAGGACUGCAGUAAUGAGAAAAUAGUAGACAUAAUUCGGAAAAGACUCCAUAAGGACAUACUUCACAACCCUGUGGUUAUGCUAAACUUCUGCCCGGACCUUCGCUCUACGACCUCCGACCUGCGGAGCAUCCAGGGGGAGUUCAUCUUUCUCAUUGAUCGUAGUGGCAGCAUGAGCGGGGUCAACAUCAAGCGGGUGAAGGAUGCAAUGGUCGUGAUUUUGAAAAGUCUUUUCCCAGCAUGCUUAUUCAAUAUAGUAGGCUUUGGGUCCAAGUUCAAAACUCUGUUUGCCACCAGUCAAAGCUACGAUGAGGUGACUUUAGCUUUGGCUUGCGAGUAUGUGAAGAAGAUUCGGGCUGACAUGGGCGGCACAAACCUACUGGCUCCACUCAACUGGAUCCUUCGGCAGCCCAUGCAGAAGGGUCAUCCUCGCCUGCUGUUCCUGCUGACGGAUGGUGCCGUCGGUAACACGGGAAAGGUCAUCGAGUUGCUUCGUAGCCAUGCCCGAUUCACCAGGUGUUACACAUUUGGUAUCGGGCAGAGCGCCUGCAGAAGGCUGGUGUUAGGACUGUCCACUGUUUCCAGAGGAACCGCUGAGUUCCUGGCAGAAGGGGAAAGACUGCAGCCCAAGAUGAUUAAGUCUUUGAAGAAGUCUAUGACAUCAGUAUUGACUGACAUCUCUAUUGAGUGGCUGUAUCCAGAGACAAAGGAGAUCUUGCUUUCUCCAGUGGGAGCGACCUGUCUGUUUCCUGGUGACCGACUGAUUGGAUACAGCGUUGUGUGUGAUACUUCCAGACAUCACUCCAACCCUAAAUCAGACAAGCGAAGGCGAUACAGCAUGAUGCGCUCCAACGAGUCGGCCAGUUCUGUCUUCUACCAUUCUCAGGAGGAUGACGGCGGGAAGGUUUCAUCUGAUAAAGACAAUCAGGUCGCCUCACUGUUUGAUGCUUGCCAGGAUACCAUGUCUGAGAGCAGCCCUGUCACCACCGAGCAAGACGCUGUGGGAAGUGACACGGCCACCUCACCGAGAAGACGUGCGUACAGUACCAAUCAGAUUAUAGAUUACAACCCUACAAAGAAGGUCUAUACUCCAAGUGACCCCAGCUCGGUGGUUGGGAAGAAUCCUCUUAGAAGAGCAAAGGUUCAGGAACUCACUGGUCAGGCCGAUCACGGGUCUCAGUGGAAAAUAGACUACCAGCCUCAGUUGGCCAGCCUGUGUGCGACGUCUUCAAGAGCCCGACCUAUGCCUGGUCACAAACCUCCACAGCAAGAAGGGCUCCUGGAAGAAUCAAAGGUAGAUCAGACCCCACCCGGCCCCUCAGCACAGGGUCCUGCUGUGGAGAAUGGCUCCAGAUCUUCGACAGACAGUCCAUCACUAGGCAGCACUGGUGAUGCAGAUGGUUACACGCAUCAGCUUUGCGAAGUCGAAACGCCCCAAGAUCCUCAUGCUCCAGAAUUUCGGGCUGCUCGAGGGAAGGGAGAUUGCAAAGCGGUUGUAUCGGGACUGCUGUGUGGAAAACCUGUGAGAUGGGAGGUGUCCUUUGACAUUCAGCCUUACCUCAAAGGCCGAGAACGAGAGGAGAAGGUUCACGAAGAACUGUGGAACGAAACCUUUCAUCAUCUGGCAGCGCGUUCGAUUAUUCAAGACUUUGAACACAUGGCAGAUAAAGAAUGCGAGAUUGAGCAUGGUUCUGGGAGGAGGUACCAGCUUUAUGCCAUCCACACUAGCAAAGCCUGCAACAUCUUGAGCAAAUACACAGCAUUUGUACCCAUCGAACUGGACAGCAAUGAAUAUUUACCCACUGGUGUUGAGUACAGCCGUCCUGGGGAGGAUCAUAAACGCAGUUCGCACUGCAGUUCUCGCUGUGGCAGCAGGAAGUACCUCGGUUACUCUGUGGGUCUGGGUCGAUCACAGUCCGGCGGUUUACCCGAGCAAAAUGAUGUAGCAUUACCCAGCAGUUUGGAGGACGGAUCUCAUUCCUCUCGCAAAACAUCCUCAUCCUCCAGUGGGGACCGAUGUAGCGUCACUGAAGGCUCUCAGCGGACACCAUCGGUGACCUCUGACUCCUCGCAGAGAUCCACUGAGAGUCUUUUCUCAGCCAGCAAGCUGAGUUUGACCCGGGCGCGUCUCCUGUCGAAAGCCGCCAGGGGCUUCAUGAGUCGAUCGCAAAUCAAAACCAGCAACUCGAUGGGAGACAGCGAGAAUGACAACAAUGACUACAUCCCUCUGGUGUCGUUGCAGCUGUCAUGUGGGGCGUUCAUGCUGGAUGAUGCCUUGUGUGAAGCCAUCAACGUGCCCAUGGACAAGCUGAAGUGGACGUCUCCAUUCACCAGCCACAGAAUCAGCCUUACCCACCCCUCUCACUCCGGCUCACGACGAUCCGAGAGCCUGGAGGUCCACCACGGCUCCUCUCCUCCACCGAAAGACUCGGACUUGAUUUCCGAAUACGAGGAGCCUCUAUCUUGCACGUCUUCAUCCUCCUUCCAGUCCCCGCUGAUGGGCGGUUUCUCUUCGAUGUCAACCAUGGCCUCGACGUCGCCUAUCAACUCUUUGUACGACAGCGGACGAGGGUCUGAGUCUGAAACUCUGGUGGCGCCCCUGCCAGGUUCCCCGGGGAGCCUGCAAAAGAGCAUGGUUGACACAGAAGGGAUGGUGUGGGCCACUGCUGUAGCUCUGGCCUGGCUGGAGCACAGCUCGGCGAGUUACUUCAUCGAGUGGGAGCUGAUCGCCGCUAAGGCCAGCAUGUGGUUGAAUGAACAGAUCGUCCCCGAGGGCCGAGACCUGGCGUCUGUUAAAGCGUCAGCCAAUCAGUUGUUCAUUAUUCUCAGACACUGGGACGAGAACCUGCAACUCAACAUGCUGUGUUACAACCCAAACAGCAUGUGAGCUCAGGGUAGGGACUCGACUUUAAACUAUGCUAAAAGAGUUUUAUUUUUAUUUACUUACGUUUAUCUCGUUUUAGUUUUUAUGAAUAGAGAAUGUACCAGUAUUUCAUGUCAUCUACCCUACAGCGAGAAGUAUGCAAAUGCAGAAACAAACGCUUUGCCAGCACAUUGCAAGCAUGCUGUUGAAUAAUCUUUAUAAACAGUACAGUGCAAAAGUCUUAUUCUGUGUACACACCAAACGCGAAGCAUCGCGUUCCUUGCUCUAGAUUACUCGCGGGAUUUACCUUCGUGUCAUGCAAUUUUUUUCAUGCAAAUAUUUUCAACUUGCGCAACGACACGUUUGAAGCGAACAGCACGUUUUUGUGACAAUUGUGCCACCUGAUUUGCGACAACUCGAGUUUACAUCUAUUCGCGUCUCUUCGUGUCUUUUCAUGUCUGUUUGUGCUUUUGCAUUGACUUUAUAUGUGCAAAUCGUUGAAUUCGCGUUUGGUUUGUAUGCCCCAUUAGGCCACCAUUACAGUCGAUUUUGCAAUGCUAUAAUGACCAUAUAUAAUUAUUAGUCUCUUUAUUAGAAUAAAACUGGAAAAUUAAGGAAAUUUGUAUGUAGUUUUACAAAACGAUUACAAAAAAAUUCUAAGCUAAAAUGUUGAGUCUCCUUAAAAGAGUUCAAGAUGUGUUU